AUGAAGUAUUUUGUCGUACCAGCAAUAUAUUUUGUCGUGUUGACAAUAUGCCAUUGCGUUCAAUACACAGUGCAAUACACAAAGAGGACAGAGCCAUCUCAAUUAGCAAGAUUACAGACUGUGGCAGAACCAACACAUAAAACUAAACUCAAAAUAUCUGAGGUAUCUUCGACCCAAAUGAGUUGUAUGUUGGUAAAAUCCAUGAAAAUAAUCAAAAUUAAAGGAUGCAGGAAGAAAAUAAUGGAAGAUGGAUAUUGUACAGGACAGUGCAACAGUAUUUAUGUUCCAAAUAAAAAACAACUGCAGUACGCAUCGUCUUGUUUUCCAGCAUCUUACGAGAGGAAAACUGUUACUUUAAAAUGUGGCAAGCGAGGCAGAAGAAAGUACACUUAUGUUACAAUCAAAGCCUGCAAGUGCAGAAGAGCAAAAAUUCUUUUUAAACCCUGA